AUGAAAACGACGUCGUGUCCGCCAUUUUCAUUCUUCAUCCAUGAAGCAAUAGCUUCUUCACUUGAGAUCUCUUCUUCUGGCACUGUCCCGGCGAGCUCUGUCUUUCUCUUCCUCCUAGGGUUUCCGAUUUCUAGAGUAGAUAUGUUGGUUUCGCAGCCAAUUACGCCUGGUCAGGUUUCGUUUCUGCUCGGGGUCAUCCCUCUUAUGAUAGCAUGGCUAUACUCUGAAUUUCUAGAGUAUAGGAGGUCCUCAUUUCACACUAAAGUUCAUUCAGAUAAGAAUUUGGUUGAACUGGAAAUGAUGACGAACAAAGAUGAUGAAGGAACUGUUUUAAUGGAAGGAGGUCUUCCAAGAUCUGCCUCUUCAAAGCUUUAUAGCUCAUCAAUCAAAACAAACUUGAUUAGGUUUCUGACUUUGGAAGACUCUUUCUUGCUUGAAAAUCGAGCAACCUUGAGAGCAAUGGCUGAGUUUGGAGCAAUUCUUUUAUAUUUUUAUAUUUGUGAUCGAACUAGCUUGCUCGGGGAGUCUAAAAAGAACUACAACCGAGACCUUUUCCUCUUUCUCUACUGUCUUCUCAUCAUAGUGUCAGCGAUGACGUCCUUGAAGAAACACACUGACAAGUCACCAAUAACAGGAAAAUCCAUUCUGUAUCUCAAUCGUCACCAGACUGAAGAAUGGAAGGGGUGGAUGCAGGUUCUAUUUCUGAUGUAUCAUUAUUUUGCUGCGGCAGAGAUUUACAAUGCAAUCAGGGUUUUCAUCGCUGCCUAUGUGUGGAUGACUGGAUUUGGGAACUUCUCUUAUUACUAUGUCCGAAAGGAUUUCUCCCUUGCACGUUUCACUCAGAUGAUGUGGCGGCUUAACUUUUUUGUGGCAUUUUGUUGCAUUAUUCUCAACAAUGACUACAUGCUAUACUACAUCUGUCCAAUGCACACUCUAUUCACUCUGAUGGUCUAUGGAGCCCUUGGUAUUUUCAGCCGGUAUAACGAAAUAGCAUCAGUGAUGGCUUUGAAAUUUGCUUCAUGCUUUCUCGUGGUUAUCCUUCUGUGGGAGAUUCCUGGAGUUUUUGAGAUCUUCUGGAGUCCCCUGGCAUUCUUAUUGGGGUACUCAGAUCCAGCUAAACCAGAGCUUACACGUCUACACGAAUGGCAUUUCAGAUCUGGACUUGAUCGCUACAUAUGGAUCGUUGGCAUGAUAUAUGCAUAUUUCCAUCCCACUGUAGAGAGAUGGAUGGAGAAAUUGGAGGAGUGUGAUGCGAAGAGAAGAAUGUCAAUCAAGACGAGCGUCAUAGGAAUUUCUUCAUUGGUUGGUUACCUUUGGUACGAAUACAUCUACAAGCUGGACAAAGUUACAUACAACAAAUACCAUCCCUACACAUCAUGGAUUCCAAUAACUGUCUACAUAUGUCUGCGAAAUUCCACACAACAGCUACGGAGUUUCUCCCUAACACUCUUUGCGUGGCUCGGCAAGAUAACUCUCGAGACCUACAUUUCUCAGUUUCACAUCUGGUUAAGAUCAAGUGUGCCAAAUGGGCAGCCAAAGUUGCUAUUAGCAAUCAUCCAUGAGUACCCAAUGCUCAACUUCAUGCUCACCACAGCCAUCUACGUCUUGGUAUCUGUUCGACUUUUCGAGCUUACCAAUACAUUAAAAUCAGUUUUCAUACCAACAAAGGACGACAAACGGCUACUCCACAACGUCAUUGCUAUGGCUGCUAUCUCAAUUUGUUUAUAUAUUAUCGGUCUUAUUCUUCUCCAGAUCCCACAUUAA